AUGCUCAAUAAUGCGCCACAGUGGCAGGGUUUGAACACAUUUGAAGGGCAAGAAUUCUUCUUCGUCGGCGGUGAAACCAACUAUUCGCCUGACAUUGUUGAGCAGAAUCUCAUGGAAUCGUUUGAUCUGUUUCCGGGUUCCCCUAUACAGACAACGGUCACUCUAGAUCAGUUCGAAAAUGCGUUGGCAAACCUCACGGCGUCAUUAUACUGGGCAGAAGCUAGUGUUCUACCAAGUAUGCGAAGCUACCAACUGAGCAUGCAACAACUGAACUUAGCUGACGAGGCUUCCAAUAUGGGUCUCUUCAGUGUGGACAAUGGGAAUGUAGUUGUUGCUCAAUUGGCAGCACGUCUGAAUCUAAACAUCCUACAAAUCUCGAUAGGACUUGCGACAUCUUUUGUGCUGUUGAUCCUAUCAAUUCCAUUAACUCGUGGCAAGCACGACGACAUUGUUGUGCAAUCAUCUGGUAUCCUUGACCUUGCUUGGCUCAUUUCAGAGCAGUACGAGCUGCGAGAGAUCGUUGGACGUGUGGAGGACCCAACAAUAGAGAACCUUAGAGCUGCAGGCAUGACACCGGUUAAUAUUGUCAGGAGGAAGACUUACAAAGAAAGUAUAUACACAGGCUUAGACACGGAUCGACAUGAGUCUAUAGUGAUUAUUGGCUAA